GAGGGGGCCGAGCCUGGCGGGAGAGGCCGCGGGACAGGCCGCCCCGCCCCCGCAGCGCGCUUUAAGAGCCCCGGCGGCGCCCAGAACCGCGGCUGCGGACGGGCGAGGCGUGAAAAGAUCAAGAGGUGGCAGUCAAGCUUGGACGAGGAAGAGGACAAACACAGUGUUGCUUAAAAGUUGGUGAGAAGCAGUUGCAUCACUUGCCUCCUGACAGCCUUUUACAACCAGACUGCUUUAUCUUGUGUGCCCGUCUUCUGCCAGAUCUGCAUGAGUGAGAAGCACUGAAGGAGUGAACCGAAUCUGUGCAGCCAUACUGUUUGAGAAAGACAGAAGACAGUUUGAACCAUGGCAAGCCAGGCGUUUUCCCCAGAGGCUGCUUUCCCUCAUGGGAGGCGGAGGGAGAAAUGGGACCCCAGGCUUCUUUCAAGGGCAAGGACUUGAUGGCGAAAAAAAGAGAAUGUCUCCAGGCAUACAGCUGGUGGAGAACACCACAGAAGAAACGGAAGAAAAAGAACAAAAUAAAACCAGGAAGAAUAGAGUUUGUCCCUAGUAGUACUAAUACGACCAGACCAGAUUAUUCAAUAUUUGUUGGGGAGCUUACUCCAGAAGUGGAUGAUUUCCAGCUUUAUGACUAUUUCCUAAAGAGGUACCCCUCAUGUAUUGACUGCAAAAUAGCAACAGACCUGCUGGGAUAUUCCAGAGGGUAUGCCUUUGUCAGAUUUGGUGAGCAAGGUGAUCAGAUGAGGGCACUGCAAGACUGCCAGAAUGCACCAGGUCUGGGGGGAAAACGAAUCCGGCUGAGCAUAGGAAUUUCUAAAAGACUGAAAGCAGAAUUCCAGCGGUACCAGUCAUACAACUAUAACGAUUAUUACCAAGAUUAUCAGAACUACUACUCACAGUGGAAUUAUGAUCCUUAUGCUGACUACAACUACAGCUCCUAUACUCCCUAUGAUAACAUGCAAGCUGUUGGAGAAUGCUCUUUAGGAGAUGCUGUUAUGGCUCCAGCUGUAUUUGAGGAAGCUUCAGCUAUGACUGAAAUCAAUGAUGACCUAAUAACUGAAGAUCCACAGCUGUACUUGGAUGUUGAUGAAAUGAACAGACAAUUCAUGGAGACAAGUGAAGAACUCUAUGAUGCCCUCAUGAAUUGUCACUGGCAACCUCUGGAUACGGUCACUUCUGACAUCCCCUCUGCUAUUUAAGUGUCUUAUAUAGCAUGACCGUUAUGACCAAGGGAUGCUCUUGGACCAACAGCUUCUUUCUAGCGCUACCUCAAAUUAACUUGCAGAUAUAACUCACAGGGAAGAUUGAUCAUAAGGUGAUGAUCACUAUCAUUCUGCUGGAGAUAUAUAUAUAUUUGCCUUUUGUUUUGUCUCAUUUUUAAUGACAUUUAUUUAAUUUCAGUGACUCAUGUCAAUAGACUUUGUUUGACUACAUCGACAAGUAUUUCUGAGUCAUGAGUUUCAUUAAAGGCAUGUCACCAUAUGAAAAUUGUUCUAAAUAAGUAAAAUGGAAGUAAAAUAAGUAAAUAAAGAAGCACUUGAAUUUACAGAGCAAA